UUUGGUUCAAAUUAUUACUGAAAAGUGAGAACAAGUUAUUGUUAUUUGUAUCGCAAGUAUCGCAACAAUAAGUCUGAAAUAUACAGAGAUAUGAGUAAAAGAUAUCAAAAGACAAUAUUUUUAAGCAAACGAGAGGAAAGCCAUUUGUCUCCGAGUCCUCCAACGAGUCCACCGCCACCGCCGCCACCCCUUUCCCUCCCCCUCACGACCAUUAAUCUCAAUCAUUACCGAAGUGUUGAGACCAACAGCGAAGUCGAAGGUCUUAAAUAUGAUUUCCGAUACAAAUCCGAGAUCAACCGAAUGGCCGGCAAACGAGUCGAGAAGAUCAUUGAAAUACCGGUAGUUAAGGACAUUUACCCGACCAAACCGCCCAUCAGUUCAAACACAACAGUUAUGUCAUACAAAAAGCGGGAAAGUGACGGAAAGAUAUGGUUUUUACCGAAAACAUUGUUAGGUCUGACUCAAGAAAGACAAUCAGUCGACGGAGACUUUUGGACGAGCGUUAAGGUUGGAGAAGGAAAGACAUGGUUUUUGCCGCAGACACUGUUGGGUCAACCCUUUCCCACUCACGAGGAAACCCAACCCCAAUACCAGACACCGAAGAGACAGGUCGACAGUACUAGAAGUUAUUCAUCAGAAAAGUCGACACAAACCAUCUUAGGGAUGGAUGAGACGGGAUAUAUGUCUGGAUCUGAUAGCACACAAAGUCCAACCGUAUUGGAUCAAAGAGUUGCAGAUAUAUCAGGACCUACUGUUCAAUUGUCACCCCAAGAAAGACAAUCAGUCGACGGAGACUUUUGGACGAGUGUUGAGGUCGGAGAAGGAAAGACAUGGUUUUUGCCGCAAACACUGUUAGGCCAGCCGUUCCCAACUCCUGUCACAUCGGUUGUCAGUUCACCUCAAACUGGAAUUAAUCGCCGAAUAGUAAAGGAUAGCUCUCGAGAGGCACUAACGAGCGAAUCAACUGAUACUCAGAGCUUAGAAAUUGAUCGAAACUUUUGGUCAGAGCUUCGCAUUAGUAAUGAAAAGACAUGGUUUUUGCCGCAAACUCUAUUAGGCCAACCAUUUCCCACUCCCGCACCCACUUUAGGUGACCAACAAACCCGAGUCACACAGAGAACAGAUAAUAUGAACAUUGAUAGAGACUUUUGGACAGAACAUCGUGUAAGUGAUGGAAAGACAUGGUUUUUUCCGGAGACAUUGUUAGGCCAACCAUUUCCUACGGCCGCACAAACUUUUGUUGGACAACAGACACCAGUCAGACAAAGGGCAGAGAACAUUGUUAGGUCAUCCGUUCCCGACGCCCACCACAUCGGCUGUCAGUUCACCACAAACUCGAAUAGUGAGCGGUAG